AUGGGGCUAGAUAUAAUACUGGUGACAAUGCUGAUACUAUUGGGAGUGUGUAAAGCUGCUGCGAUUAACACCAGGAAUGAUACUCUGUUGGGGCUGUGCCUGCAAGAUGAUUCCCACUGUACAGAGCUUGGACCAAAUGAAACCUGUAGGAGUCGAGGGAAUGAGCAAGCUGAGAGAUACAACACUGGGAUAUGUAGGUACGAGCAAACAAUUCAAACUUCAACCUGUAAGUACAAACCUGGAGCAUCACCGGAAUCACUAGAAGAGGCCCUAUGUCCCCAAGCUAGUGAAUGUGAGCCUGAGCCAAAUGCCGUAUGGCCAGUGAUGAACUACACACUGAUACACGACAACAAUAAUCCAGAAUUCUUUAUUGUUGAUAUUCGUUGGCAGGAAGUGAAUGUGUCGGGGUACUCAAUAACUGUGUCCCUCCGGCAGUGGAGUUGUCCUGUUGGGGAAGUGUACCUCCAGUGCGGCACAACUGAUCUCACCUCAGGCUCCAAUGGAUUCUUAUAUACCCACAUACGAGGGUACCAUCAAAACGAGCAGUCCAAAGACGGGCAGCUUUUUAUCAAGCUGACUCCCCACGGCUGGUGUGAUGGCCCCCAGCUGAGUCUGGAUAUACCUGAAGCCUGUUACAGUCUCUGUCCAGGAGCUUGCUCUGUCUGUGAAGAAGAUGAAUCUGAUCCAGCCCUUCCAACUGAACUCUCAGUCUCGCUCUGUUGGAGCCCCGUUAGCAAUAUGAGCACAGCUACUGUUGCAUGGCAAUCGAACAGAACAUACUACAGUGCCUACCCCAACCAGACUUACUAUGCAGCUGUGUUCAGAGAUAAUAAGAUUGUCUCCAGACAUAUUGAGAUUGUAGGACGAACCAAUGUUACACUGCACAACCUCUCACUAAACCACAGCCAUAAAUAUGUAAUCAAAGUCUGGCCAUUUGAUUGCAGGUGUGGGCACAUCUCUGUUCAAAAAGAAUUCUCUUUGGGCAGCACCAGCACUCCCCUGUGUCCUGGUUAUGCUACCACAACUACUCGUACCAGCUUCACCACUAAUCCGACUUCCACACAUAUCUCGCUUCACACCAGCUCUCCUACCCUCACCCUCUCCACCACUCUCACACCCACACAUAUCUCGCUCCACACCAGCUCUCCUACCCUCACCCUCUCCACCAGCUCUCCUACCCUCACCCUCUCCACCAGCUCUCCUACCCUCACCCUCCACACCAGCUCUCCUACCCUCACCCUCUCCACCACCCUCACACCCUCACAGACCAUUCCCUUCCCAAGCUCCACUCCUUUCACAUCUUUCACUGACUGGCUGUACUUACUCCUCUUCUUUGUCAUUGCUGCCUCUGUUACAUUCUUCAUCAUUGUAAUCAUAAUUUAUCGCUUCCGAUAUCAAAAUUCGCGCCUACCUUUCAACGACUCGACCAACAGCCCCUCCCUGACUCCACAACCACUGACUACAAACGUGCUACUGGUUUAUUCCCUCAGAACUUCAACUGAAGAUAUUGAGAAUAUUUUAGCAAAUUUUGCUGUUCCAUUGCAACUAUACGGGAUACAGGUGAUAUUCUACGACAUGCUGUGUGGUCAAGUGGGUAUUCCCCAAUGGAUGGAAAAUGCUGUCACUCAGAGCAGCAAAGUGUUUUUGGUGUGUAACAAUGAGUUCAAAACAGAAUGGGAGGAUCCAUCUGUUUCACCACUGGAGGGAAACUUAGUGCAUAUUCUCAAACAGAACUUUUUUGCUCAUGUCAGAACAAGUUCAGACUACAUGUCGAAGUAUGCUCUACUGUUUAUGAGCUCUCGUGAGAGUGAAAAGUGCAUUGCCAGCAGCUACCUACUGAACUUGCAACGAUUUGUGGUGGACCCAGUCGACCCCUCCAGGCUAGACCAAGUGGCAAGGUUUAUUACAAACACUAAAUCGUACAUUCUGGACAUGGGAGACUGAGACAAUUGCUUAGUGUGUAUGUUUCAUUCAUCUGCCACCCCUGCUGUAAGGAAGUGAUUGAUCGCUUACCCAUCCCUGUUCAUGUGUGUGUACAUUUUUAUAGCAUCUACAGUCAUUGUG